AUGGUUGAUUGGUACAAAGAUAAAGUUGAGAUUGUUAAGGAUGCAUACGAUAAAGGUGCAAAAAAUUGCACAAUGAUAUCUCAUCAUAUACAGAAGGACCUUACAAAAGCUUGUGCACAAGAAGUCAUGUCAGUGAUUAUGGAUGAGAUUAGAGAUAAAAAAAUUUCUGUAUUGAUUGAUGAGUCUCGAGAUGUAUCAAUAAAAGAACAGAUGGCUGUAAUUUUGAGUCAUAAGCUACCAAUCUCUAGCCUUCGUGGGCAAGGUUAUGAUGGAGCUUCCAAUAUGAGAGGUGAAUUUAAUGGUGUGCAAAAAUUGAUUCGAGAUGAAAAUCCUUAUGCAUUCUAUGUGCAUUGUUUUGCCCAUCAAUUGCAAUUAGUGGUUGUUACUGUUGCAACUUCUACUCCAGCCAUUGCAGAUUUCUUUAACUAUGUUCCUCUAAUAGUCAACACUGUCGGCGCAUCAUGUAUGAGAAAGGAUGCCUUGCUUGCAAAGCAUCAUGAUGUGUUGUUAGAAAAGUUGGAGAGUGGGGAGAUUAUCACUGGAAAAGGUUUGAACCAGGAAUGUAGCCUAGCAAGGCCUGGAGAUACUAGAUGGGGUUCAUAUCUUAAAACUUUACUUCGUAUUUUGGUGAUGUGGGAAGCUGUCAUAGACAUUCUUGAGAUAGUAAAGAAAGACUCUGUUAAACCAGAAAAUAAUGGUGGAUCAUUUGGUUUAAUUGGUAAAAUGGAGAUGUUUGAUUUUGUGUUCAUAAUGCAUUUAAAGAUAGAAUUGUUGAGCAUCACAGACAGUCUGUCACAUGCUUUGCAAAGGAAGGAUCAAGACAUUGUUGAGGCAAUGCAAUUGAUCAUAGAUGUCAAAGAGCAGUUGCAGGAUAUGAGGGACAAUGGAUGGGAUCCCUUAUUCAAAAGAGUGAAAACAUUCUGUGAUAAGAAUGAGAUUGAAGUGCCAGAUAUGGACAAGGAAAUAAAUGCUAGAGGGACAUCUACACGUAGAAAGCAAAAAGUAACAAACAUGCACUUCUACCAUGUUGAGAUUUUCCUUGCUGCCAUAGAUGCCAUUUUGUCUGAGAUGAAUCAUCGAUUUGGUGAAGUUAGUUCAGAGUUAUUAGUAUGCAUGGCUUGUCUUAACCCAAGGAACUCCUUCUCUAAUUUUGAUGUGGAUAAGCUUGUGAGACUUGCUGAAAUUUAUGCUGUGGAUUUUGACGUCGGUGACCUUCUUCUUUUGCCUGGUCAACUGCGAGGAUUUGUCAGUCGUGCUAGAAGAACUCAAGACUUUCUUGGAUGUACAGAGCUUGGAAAGGUUGCUGAAAUUAUGGUCAAGACUAAAAUGAACACAUCUUAUGGAUUGGUGUAUCGGCUCAUUGAAUUAACAUUAAUUCUUCCGGUGGCAAUAGCUUCAGUUGAGAGGAUAUUUUCUGCUAUGUCUAUUGUAAAGACAGAUUUACGUAAUAAAAUAGGUGAUGAAUGGCUCAAUGACUUAAUGAUAUGUUACAAUGAGAAGAAGAUAUUUAGAAGCAUCAAGAAUGACAAAAUCAUAAAACGAUUUGAAGACAUGAAAAUCUGA